GUUUCGCCAUUAUUGAUGAUAAAACAUUAAGUAAAGAAUAUAGAUAAAACAAAUAAUUGUGAUAAAGAUAAACCGCUGCUGUAGGAGACUCGACGCGUGAUGGCCGAGCGCGUAGAAUAAUAUUAUAUAAUUUUAUUAUUAUUUAUUAUAUUAUUACUCAAUGGCUGUACGGGAGGCUUGCCGAUUGCCGAACAAGCUACGCCUUGUCGCGAUAUUCAAUACCGUUGCGGCGUAUCUAUUUUGAAAAUGCACUUCUCUGCUUAUCUUUCGUCACCGCCAUCCGCUGUUACUUGUUAGUCAUUAUUAAUUUAUGUCGAUAUUUCAAUUUUGCUACUAUUGUCUAUUUGUUCAUAACGUUUAUAUUGCUAUGGGAACUAGACGUCACCUACUUCGUUAGUUUGUGCUAGGUACACGUACUACCUACAUUGCUUGUCGCUUGUAAUCAAGUACAGUAUUUAAGUAUUGGUAGGUAUAAAAUAAUAUAUUAUUAUUAUGACUGGUUACUUUCCAUGCCUAAAGUCAGAAUGAAACGAAAUCUUAAAAGCAUACUAAAGUAUUUAAUUUUCGUCGUGAUCACUGCACUUGUAACAACUGUGAUUUUUAAAUUGUCUACUCAAUUUAAUCGAUAUGAAAAUGAUGAAACUAUACACCAGAAGACGGAUUUUGACAAUAAACAGUCAUAUGCAAAUAAAAAUCAUAAUAAUAAGAUUGACUGGCAUGAUUGGAAAUUGAUUAAUAUAGAGAAACAACGAACUGGUAUUGGUGAACAAGGGGUUAGCGCUUCACUCUCAUCACACAAUCGGCAUAAAUAUGAUGAGUUGUAUAAAGUAAAUGGAUUUAACGCUUUGUUAAGUGACAGCAUAUCUGUUAAUCGCUCAAUACCAGAUAUACGGCACAAAUUGUGUCGUUUUAAAAAAUAUAAUAGUAAAUUACCUACCGUUAGUGUAGUUAUACCUUUUCACAAUGAACAUUUCUCAACACUUCUCAGAACUGUGUAUAGUGUCUUAAACCGUUCUCCUAAAAUCUUGCUUAAGGAAAUAAUUUUAGUGGAUGAUUCAAGUACAAAAACUAGUUUAAAGAGACCAUUAGAUAAUUUUUUAUCAAACAAUUUAGCUGAUACCGUUCAAAUCAUACACUUGAAAAAAAGACAAGGUUUAAUUAGAGCUCGUUUAGCUGGAGCUAGAAAAGCCACCAGUGAAAUUUUAAUAUUUUUAGAUUCGCAUACGGAAGCAAAUGCCAACUGGUUACCUCCCCUUUUAGAACCUAUUACUGAAGAUUAUCGAACAUGUGUGUGUCCAUUUAUUGAUGUCAUUGCUUUUGAAACCUUUGAAUAUCGAGCACAAGAUGAAGGUGCGAGAGGUGCAUUUGAUUGGGAAUUUUUUUACAAAAGAUUGCCACUUUUACCUGAAGAUCUAUUAUAUCCUACCAAACCAUUCCGGAGCCCUGUAAUGGCAGGUGGUUUAUUUGCUAUAUCAGCUAAAUGGUUUUGGGAACUCGGAGGUUAUGACCCUGGUCUAGACAUAUGGGGUGGAGAACAAUAUGAAUUAUCAUUUAAAAUAUGGCAAUGUGGUGGUACUAUUUUAGAUGCACCUUGUUCAAGGGUAGGCCAUAUCUAUAGAAAGUUUGCACCGUUCCCAAAUCCUGGCAUUGGUGAUUUUGUUGGAAAGAAUUAUCGCCGUGUAGCAGAAGUAUGGAUGGAUGAGUAUGCUGAAUAUUUGUAUCUCCGUAGACCACAUUACAGGAAUAUUAAUACUGGAGAUAUAACUAAGCAGAAAAAAAUAAGGGAAAAUCUUAAAUGUAAACCAUUUAAAUGGUUCAUACAUGAAGUAGCAUUUGAUUUAGUUGAAAAAUAUCCACCCAUUGAACCACCAGAUGUAUUUAAAGGAAAGAUAAGAACGUUUACUGCUCCAGAGCUAUGUUUAGAUGCUACAUCAGAAAACCCGCUCAAUUUAAAAGAAUGUAUUGAUAAUGAUGAUGAAAAUCAAAAAUUUAUAUUGAGUUGGAGGAAUGAUAUUAAAACAAGAAAUAAUAUGUGUUUAGAUAUAAGUGACUCAUCAUUAAAAGCAAAAAUUAGCUUAUAUGGAUGCCAUAAUGGUGGAGGAAACCAACUGUGGCAUUAUGACCAUGGCAAAAUGAAACUUGUCCAGGGGAAAAAUCCUAGAUGUAUGGAACAUGACAUUAGUACCAGAAAAGUGUAUGUAACUAAGUGCAAACAAAACAAUGAUGAUCAAAAAUGGAUAAUAGAAAAUUUUAACUCCAAAUCAACUAACUGGUCACUAACACAUUAAAGAAUAAUAAAUAUUAAAUAUUAUAUUAAGAUUUAGGUAACUAGUUAUUUGAACAAAUUAUCGAUAUAUUAAAACUUAUAUAAUAACUAAUAGGUAUUAAUAAAUUAUACUUAAUACUAAUAAGAUAUUACUUAUUAUAAACUCAAGUGAUAAAAUAAAUAAUGUAUAAUUUUUUCAGUUGUUUUAAACAAUGUAAAGUAAUCUAAUGUAAUAUCAGGAUGCUUAUAUGAUACAAAUUUAACAUUAUAAAAACUUAAUAAUAAAUAAAUUCAUUGAAAAAUUACAAUUUAGUACCAAUGCAAAAAGAAGCAAGUAAUAACAAAUAACACAAAAAAAAAAUUUAAAU